AUGCCUUCUCUGAUUGAACUUGCCCAGCUCGCCAGGGGCCUCAUAGGUCCCUGGAUUUUCCUUUCGUACUCUUUCUACUACCUCCCUGGCACCAUCAUCCGUCUAAUUCGCGCCGGUGAUUUUGGCCGACUCUUCUCGUUGUCUCGUCUUCGAGAUGCCUGGUUUUAUGCCUUCUGGGGCUGGGCUGGGCCAAACAUCCGUGCCGGCAAUAGUGACCGCAUGGUUGCUCUCCUCGAAGGCCGUGUGACCGGCGCCGAUGUAGUCAAAGACCCUGUUCACCCUCCUGUGAAUGGCGUCGUCUUGGAAAUCGGCCCUGGCUCCGGGCUGUGGGUGAGCCUCUUCGCCAAGGACAAGCCUGCCACCAUGGCUGCCGGUGGUGUGAGACGCAGAGUCGCCGAUGGCGUGACGAAGGUGUACGGCGUUGAGCCCAACACCGAGCUGCACCCAGCCCUGAGAAGAAGUGUGAAGGAGGCUGGCCUGGAGGGUACAUACGAGAUUGUCCCCGCGGGUAUUGAGUCGUUGAACGACCCGACCGUGUGGGGAGGCAAGAUCGAGAAGGGCAGCGUCGAUUGCAUCGUGUCUAUCCUGUGCUUGUGUGGUAUCCCCGAGCCGGAGAAGAACAUUUCCGAGCUGUACUCGUACCUCAAGAAGGGCGGGAGGUGGUACUUGUAUGAGCACGUCGAGGUGUCGGUCAACGAGCCGCUUCGGCUUUACCAACGGUUCAUCAACCUCGUGUGGCCCCGCGCCUUAAAUGGCUGCGAGCUGUGCCGAAACACCCGCAAGACGCUGGAGUCUGUGGGACCCUGGGAGAAGAUUGAUGUCGCGCGACCGCCGAUUGAGCCAUGGUACCAACUUGUGCCACACAUCUUUGGAACUUUUACCAAGUAA